AUGGAGGCGAUGCAGUUGUUGCUAUCUUUGGUUUCUGCCAUCCUCGUGAGAGUACAUUCAGAGUCCAUUCCCGUUGAUCAGUAUAAACAGCAACUUCUAGAUGUGCACAAUGGUUACCGGGCCCAGCAAGGUGCAGCUGAUAUGCAAGCUUUAGUGUGGGAUGACACACUCAGUAAGGAAGCUGGAAAUUGGAUAAAGAGAUGCAAUUUCAAACACGAAAUGAAAGGAAGGGGAGAAAAUUUGGCUUUUGACUCCAAUCCUAGAAAGAAUGAGGAAUUAAUAAAUAGUUCAAUGAAGGCCUGGUAUGAUGAAAUCAAGGACUAUAACUAUAACCGGAAGGCCUGUGGGAGAAGUUGUCAUUAUACGCAGGUAGUCUGGGCUAAAACUAGAAAAGUUGGAUGUGCCAUGGAGAAAUGUAAAUACCUUCAAGCAUUUGGAAGUUCAGUGAAGAACGCUUGGUAUCUGGCUUGUUACUACGAUCCGAAGGGAAAUGAUAUAUCGGAAUAUCCAUUUGUGAAAGGCGCAGCUUGCUCUCAGUGUCUCCAAAAACAGACCUGUGAAAAUAAACUUUGUACCGGCGAAGGCGUUGAAGUUUGCGAAGACAACGACAAAGAUUGUGAGUUCUGGGCGACUUCCGGUGAAUGUAAGAGGAACCCAAAAUUCAUGAACAAGAAGUGCAGAAAAGCUUGUGGUAUCUGUAAAGGGACUAAAAAGUAAAAAUGCGAUUUCUUGAAAUAUGGACAUAGAGAAAAACAGCGGAAUGUCAAUCAUAAAAUGAUUACGUGUUUUUUACUUCUCUUACCAUGUCAUGCUUGAAUUCUUUGAAAGCAAAUAAAUAAUUGCAAUAUGAUAUAA